CAGAUUAAUCAAGCAGCAAUUUUCAAAAUUGGAGAAAUGAAACCAACCACAGUUUGGGCAACGUUUUGCUUGGCGGCCUUUAUUUUCGCAGUGCUGCAAGUGACGAUUGCCUUCCUCAACCCGCCCUGCAGUAGGAUACCGAUCGACCCAGGAUGCACGAAUGACCCGAGCCUCGUCUCCCCCGUUUUCCCCGCAUGUCCCCUACCCUUCGAAGAGUGGGCCAUAGCUGCCCGCGCCGCCCCGGGAAACUCACCCCGUCCCGAUGGCGUCAUCCCACCCUGGUUCAACCGUCCCCUCGCCCUUCGAGGUCAACAAGUCACCUCGGAAUACCGCUUUCCCUGGUAUUUCGUCAUGUUUUUCGGCACCUUCAUUCAACUCAACAUGCCCGACAUCCGGAGCCCCCUCAUGUUCAACAGAAAACACACGACCCCUAUCGACAACGCCAAACGAGACAUGGCUACCCUUAUGCAGUCCUUGAUCUGGACGAAGGACUACUUUUACGAGGAGCCCAUCGAAGGCAACUCGUCCUACAUCGAAUCCAUCGAGAACGUGCACGCCAUCCAUGACGAGGUCCUAGGGCGCGCAAGCGCGAAACAAGAAACCGAAGGGUGCAUCGUCUGGCCGCAGCACUAUGCCAACCAAACAACGAAUGACGUUUUAUGGGAUGCAUUCGAGGGUGACAUGAAGGCUUCCGGUAUCCCGCUGUCUCAACGUGCCCCGUCUCCCACCACGUGGCCGACAUGCCCGCCCAAAACGGAGUGCAACGCGUGCAAAACGUGCCAAAUGUGCGAACCCGUGUUUUCCUGUAAAGAAGGCGGGUGCACCAUCGUUAAGACGAAGUGCACCCAUUGCUCGGGUUGCAAGGCGUCCUCAUGUACGCAGAAGGCCGUCCCGACCUGUAAAUACGCGCAGGUCAAGACGUACAAGUGCGGGACUUGCGUUUGUGAUGAGAAUAAGAAGAAUUGUGGGGAAUGUGAGACCUGUACUAAUACCAAGAAAUGUUUGAAUUUUACGCCGCCAUUGUUUAACCAGCAAGCGAUGGUGUUCGUGAUGUACAGCGUGGUCGCGUAUCCCACCCUUUUUCCAAAGGAUUUGGCGAUCAACCUGUGUAACGAGGAUUUUUGGGCGUUUAAUCAUUUGUUUGCAGUUGUUGCAUACGGCUUGGGGAUCGAUGAUAAGUACAACGUAUUUCUUCAACCGGAUCUGGAAUCAGCGAGGAUUUACUAUCGAAAAAUGCAUGAACAGAUUAUCAUCCCGAGCUUGUUCACUUUUGAUAAGCAGACGAGAAUUAUGAUGGACAAUGUGUUUAGGGGUCUGUCCACCGUUACGGGUGGAAUCCUAACUCCUACCUUCUUGCUGCAUCGUUUCGUUCACAACUUUUUGAACCAGCCCGCGCCUCGACUUCAAGCCUUGAUGAAACCGAGAGAGCUUGCGCUUAACAGCGCGCUGGAUUUUGCCUACAUUCCGCAAUUCAUGAGAAGCCCCACCUAUCGAAGUUUGGCGAACACGGCGUUGAGUGCUUUCACCUCCGGCGCGUCGACCGUAUUGUUCCGAGGAAAUUGUAGGGACUACAAGACAAUUUCACAGAAAUGUUUUGUGUAAUUUAUAAAUAUGUUACAGAAGAAAAAUAGAAUGCUUACUAAAUAGUUGUGUAAAUUAUUUAAGUAUAAAAUUUUGUGAACGUUUCGAAAUAAAUGUGUAAAUCUUAAAAGAAAAAA